UUGAACAUGUUUCAGUUGCCGUUUUUCCGUUGCCGCAACCAGACGUGUUGAACUCGCCCCUCGAAAAUCUUUCCCGCGCCCUCGUGCUUCUGUUCGUUACGAAUUCAAAACAAAAACAGCGGCCAACGAGCGCACGCAUUUCGAGUUAUUUUUAAAAAUAAGAAGGAUCCGAUCUUUUUUUCUCGGUUUCUCCAUGGAACCGAAAUAAAACCGAAAGCCGAAAAACCGAUUUUGUGAGUGCAAUAAACCAAACUGCAGCGGUGUAUAAAAAUCUGUAUAUUGUGCGUGCAUUCAGUGUGUGUGUUUGUGCGGUGCAUUUACAAAAAUAACACGCAUAAAAAAAAUAUAUAUAUAUACUUGAUAUAUGCAUGAGCCCGGAUCCCAGUGAAAUUAUUUGCUUAGAAAUUCGGUUGGCCGAAAAUUUGAAAGCCCCCGAUAUUUGCAUAUAAGCCGCGGUUUGACAGUCACUGGAAUCCGCGAACCGAAAAACCCGUCAAACGGGUAAGGCAAGCGCAAAAAACAGGCAAAAUAUCGCGUCAAAAACUCGUAAAAAAAGAGAGAUAUUUAUAAAAAAAAAUAUAUCGUUAUUUUUGUGUGUGAGCGAAUCAGCCGAAAGCAAAGCCCAGCUAAAAAUUAUAACAAUUACCAAAGGGAAAAAUAUAUAUCUUUGAGAACGCCUUCUUAAAGGAAAAAACCCUCGAAGACCUUCUAAGCCAAGUUGCAGCAGCAGCAGCAUCUAGAAAAAAUAGUAAUUUGAUCUAAGAACGCCCACCAUAGCGAAAAAAAAAGAGAAGUAAAACCCUUGAAGAGGUAACAAAGGCAGUUCUAAGAAGCAGCGUCUACACCAGAAAUUGCAACAGCGAAAACAGCUGCAACACCUGGGGGAAAACAGCACUUUAAAGUCUCGAAAAACUUUAAAAAAGGUGCAAAUACCAAGAUAAUCAAAGGCUUUACCACAGCAGCAGCAAUAUCUAAAAUAUUUAGCAAGAAAAGAAAGCAUCAUUAACAAUAACUUCUAAGAAAGAAAUGCACUGAUAAGCUGAGUUAAAUAAACUGCAAUUUCUACUUAAAAAAAAAACAUCACAAAAAAAACCCAAGAUUUAACUUAAAAUAAAUGCUGCGAUAAAGAGCAUUUCCAGUAUUGAUAUAUUUAUAAGUCAAGUUCGGUGACUUCUUGACUCUGCAAAAGGGCUUAAAUGCAGUCAUAAACUAAAUUUUUGAAAAAGCAACAGCAGCAGCAACAGUUGCAGUAACUACUGCAGCAGCAGCAACAGCAACAACAGUGGCAUUUUACAGCGAAGGCGCCGAACGACGUUGGGUGCGUCAGGCCGUCAUGGGGGUAUUGAGAUGGCGCGAUUCACCCGGAUCGCGUAUAUCGGGUUCUAUAUCCAGCAAUACUGGCAACACCAAUAACAACCAUCAUCACAGCAGCAGCAGCAACGCUCAUCAGCAGCAGCAGCACAGCAGCAACAACAAUCACAUCAACAAUAAUAACAACAACAACAAUCGCGAGAACCACCAUCGCGGCAGCAACGCCAGCGAGGAGCGUGUGCCACAGCCCCACUCGCCCCACGAUAGCCACGCCCAUCCGCACAACGGUGGCCUCCAGCAUUCGGGUUCGCGGGCCACGCUUCGCCACUCGAUGAACCAUUCAAGCACCUCGACAGUGUCCGGCUCCGCCUGCAGCUCCACGCCCGCCUCCCCACAGCUGAGUGGCGUGGUGAGCGCCUCCGGAUGCCAGAUGCUGUCCAACGGACACCACUACCAGUCCCAGUCCUCGGUGAGCUCUAACUCCUCCAUCGUCUCGGCCAUUCCCGCCUCGCAGAGACUGCUGGAGGAGGCGCUGGCCAAGUCGGCUCCCUAUCCGAUGAUCCUGCUGCCGCAGCUUGGCGGCUACUGGCUGGAUGGGACCGAGCACGAGUGCGGUUACGAUGCCAGGGGUAAUCCCUUGCUGCCGCAGACCACCUGGAUGGCCAAGUUCGAAACGGACGACACGGCCAAGUGCUAUCGGAGAUUCUAUGCCGCCAGGGAGCACUCGAAUCUGGUGGGUCAGGAUGAGCAGCUGGGCCCUGUGUUGAUAUCCAUCAAGACGGAGAAUGUGGCCAACCAGGAGCACAUGCGUAUCCUGCUCCGGCUGAGAACUGGCACGAUGCACGAACUGAUUCCGGUCUCGUGCCUAGGCGCCCAACCCAGUCCCCUGAAGAUGGUGCGGCUGCUGAAUGAUCAGAUCCAGGUGGACCACUUCAUGCCGGUGCUGUGCCCCAAGGCCUCCCAGCUGAUCAGCGUCUAUGACGAACAUGUCCUCGUUUCGCACUUCAAGUUCGGAGUGCUCUACCAAAGAUAUGGACAGACCACCGAGGAGGAGCUGUUCGGCAACCAGAUGACCUCGCCGGCCUUCGACGAGUUCUUGGACGUCCUGGGCCAGCGAAUUCGUCUCAAGGAUCACAAAGGCUACAGGGGUGGAUUGGAUAUCCAAAACGGACACACUGGCGACACGGCCGUGUACGAGGUCUUUAAAGAGCGGGAGGUCAUGUUCCAUGUGUCCACCCUGCUGCCCCACACCGAGGGCGAUCCGCAGCAACUGCAGAGGAAGCGGCACAUCGGCAACGACAUUGUGGCCAUCGUUUUCCAGGAGACCAACACUCCCUUCUCGCCGGACAUGAUUGCCAGUCACUUCCUGCACGCCUUCAUCGUGGUGCAGCCCAUCGAACCGAAUACUCCCCACACCCGUUACAAGGUCAGCGUUACGGCCCGCGACGACGUGCCCUUCUUCGGACCCACGCUCCCCAAUCCGGCUGUCUUCCGGAAAGGUCAGGAGUUCAAGGAGUUCAUUCUCACCAAGCUGAUCAAUGCGGAGAAUGCCUGCUACAAGGCCGAGAAGUUCGCCAAGCUGGAGCUGCGCACCAGAACCUCGCUGCUCCAGAACUUGGUGGAAGAGCUGCGCGAGAAGACACGCGACUUUCUGGGCGCCGAUCUCUCUCAGACAUCCGCCGGCAGUCCCACCCCCGAGACCCCAAAAGCGGAGAGCGGCAGCGGAGGAAAUGCCGGCUCCCGAUUCAUAGACACGGUGAAGAAGGCCCUGAUCAUGCGGGUGCGAUCCCAGAGCGUGGAUACCGGUAAUGGACAUGGACCCGGGCAGACGGAUAAGUUCAGUGUGAACACCAAGCUGGGCACUCUGAAUGCCAAGAAGGAGGCGCAUCCCGAAAUGCAGACACCCAAUUUGAAUACCUGCAGUCGUACGGCCUCCAAGUCCUCGUCCAAAUCCAAAUCCUCUAACGAGUCCACCUCCUCCUCGCCGGACAUCACCUCUCGCCAGGCGAAUAACAACAACAUCAACAGUAACUCCAAUUCCAAUGGGGGACUCCUGCCCCAAAAUGGUUCUGGAGGCGUGGCCGCAGCAGUAGCAAGUGCCGCCCAAAAUGGCGUGGUGGCCGUGGCAACCAUGUCCGAGACCAGCGAUGAUUCCAGCCUGAACAGCGUGGAUCUUGACCCAAUGAUGGCUCACUUGGACGGCGGUGCCACCUACAUAGACAGCGACACGGGGCUGGAGAGCAUGAGUUCGGCGGAGGCCACCACCAAGGCCUGCUCCCUGUGCCUGGACGGUGUCCAGUCCACCAUGAUGGGCAGCUCGCCCAGCAAUGAGACGAUCAUGAAGAUUGAAAAUCUGCGCCAGGAGGUCACGCGAUUGAAGUGCGACAAGCUGGACCUACUCAGGCAGAAUGUGACCUGUCAGCGCGACAUCAAGCGGCUAAGGGAGCGGGAACUGUCCCUGCAGGGUGACCUAUCGGCGGCUGGUAGAGAGAUCCUGCGACUACGGGAUCUUCUCAAGGAAUACAUGCCGGAUACAGCAGCAGCUCCGCUCUCCAUAUCGCCUAUCUAAGCGUAAAACGCAGUCCUUGGACGAGGCAGGAGUAGAAGGAGGAGGAGGAGUAACCACUGUGCCGUGUAUAACACUUUGGAGGGAGUCAGGCGUUUGGCGAGUUGAUAAGCAGAGACAGUGGCGUAGCCCCGAAAAGAAAACAAAAAACAAACCCCAAACGAAAUGGAAAACAAACAAAAACUGUAUUAUAUUUAGUUUACGUAGCUGUAGAUGUGAAGAUCUAUAGAGAUCGGACAGAUGGCAGCAGGCAUGCGCAUAUUGACAAGUUAAUAUAUAUAAAACAACAAACAAACAGUUACAAACUAAACUAAAAAACAAAACAAAAACAAGGCGAUAAAACAGCUAAAGCAAAAAACACAACACAAAACUCAAAAAAGUACACCAAAUAUAUAAUAUAAGUCUUUAAGCAUAUUUAACGCAAGAAUUAACAACCUAAAGAACUAUUCCAGAUCCCAUCCUAAGUAGAGAAAGCAUCACACACAGAGAUCGAUAUCGAUAUGCAUACAUAUUAUGAUUAUAAUCGCAGAGUUUUGAGGUUUACAAAACCGUUACUCGUUCGUUAGUCGCACCCGUAAAGUGUUACUGUUGCCGUGACUGUUACUGUGACUCUCGUUUCACACCUCAUCCCCCCCAUAAUCGACAUCGACGAUAACUAAAUUAUAAUCGACUUGAUAUGAUUUUCUCUAAAUUAAAACGAAUCACCUGCAGAACAGAGCAUGAGGGAACUGUUAACCUUAAGUUUAAGUUGCUUUAAAUAAUUUUACCUAAACCGUAUGUUAAUUAAUUAUAUUCUAAGUUUAACCAAAUGCAGAAACCAAUUCAUCGAUCAGCCGAUGACUCACGAGAAUAUCAUAUACCUUUUGCAUAGCGCGCAUUCAUUGUACAUAUGUGUAGGAGCGCGCCUUGUAUAAUUCUCGAUCCGCAUUCGGAUCUAUCAAAAUUAUCUAUGACUAUCUUUAUUUUCUAAUCGAUUAACAAUAACGAUACCAAUAACCGACAUAAGAGAGAGAGAGAGCAAAAAUGAAAUUAAGCAAAGUAGUAAGUUGGGAAAACAAUUUCCAAGAGCAAAAGUUACCAAUCACGCAAGCAUGAACUUUGUCUAAGUACCGCGAAUAAUUGUUUUUGUUGAGAUGCAUUAUCAUUUUUAUUGUGUAAAGUAUAGAAACACCAACAAAUAUAUGCAAAAUAUAUGGAAUAUAUAAACAAUCUA